AUGGGGACGCUUUCAAUGUCCGAUGCUAUUCCUGACAAGAACUGGGAUGCUUCCCCUGUUAAGUUUGAGGCUAACGAUGGUGACGCACGGGAUGCUUCCCCUAUUAAGUUUGAGGCUAAAGGUGUUGACACAAUCCCCGUCCUUAAGGAGGAAGAGCGGCUAUUGGAGCCUGUGAAUGAUGAGCCGGCUGAUGGAAUCUUGGAUUCGUUACCAAUUGACCUGGAGGCCAAGAAUGGCAAUGCGUCCCUCCUCACUGAAGCGAUGAAAAAGGAGGAGGAGCAGCUUGAAGACACCCGGCUCAAGGCGGAGGAAGAAGAGGAAGCCAGGAAGAGGGAGGCGGCUGCAAGACUCGCUUUUGAUCCUGAGACACGGUAUAACAAGUUAGAUGAGCUGCUGUCGCAGACACAACUCUAUUCGGAGUUUCUACUUGAGAACAUGGAUCGAAUUGCUGAAGAAAGUGUUGAGACUCAAGCUGAAGAACCACAGGUAGAAGAGAAGAAGAAAGGGCAUGGCCGGAAGAGGAAAGCAAAGCCAGUGUACAAUGAUAAGAAGGCUAAGACGGCAGUGGCUGCCAUGCUUACAAGGUCUCGCGAAGAUCGUCUUGCGGAAGAUUGUACUCUCUCGGAAGAAGAAAGGUGGGAAAAAGAGCAGGCCAAUCUUGUGCCGUUAUUGACUGGUGGAAAGUUGAAGUCAUACCAGAUAAAGGGUGUCAAAUGGCUUAUAUCAUUGUGGCAGAAUGGGCUAAAUGGAAUACUGGCUGAUCAAAUGGGCCUUGGGAAAACCAUCCAGACAAUUGGAUUUCUUGCUCAUCUGAAAGGGAAAGGCAUGCAUGGUCCAUACUUGAUAAUUGCUCCUCUAUCCACUCUCUCAAACUGGGUGAAUGAAAUCUCAAGGUUUACUCCAUCUCUUGCUAAUAUCAUAUAUCAUGGAGAUAAGGCGGCCCGGGCAGAGAUCCGAAGAAAAUUUAUGCCCAAAAAUGCUGGUCCUGAUUUUCCGAUAGUAGUGACUUCAUAUGAGAUGGCCAUGUAUGAUGCUAAAUUUCUUGCUGUCCAUAAGUGGAAGUAUGUUGUUGUGGAUGAGGGGCAUCGUCUAAAAAAUUCUAAGUGUCUAUUAUUGAGGGAGCUGAAGCGCAUACCAAUGGAUAAUAAGCUCCUUUUGACUGGAACACCCCUGCAGAAUAAUCUAGCAGAGCUCUGGUCACUAUUGAACUUCAUUUUGCCUGAUAUAUUCUCGUCACAUCAAGAAUUUGAGUCAUGGUUUGAUUUUUCUGGGAAAGGAAAUGGAGAAAAAGGUGAAGAAACUGAUGAGAAGAAAAAGCUGCAUGUUGUUUCAAAGCUUCAUGCUAUUUUGCGUCCAUUCCUUCUAAGGCGGAUGAAGGAGGAUGUGGAACAGAUGCUUCCACGAAAGAAAGAGAUAAUCAUUUAUGCCAACAUGACUGAACAUCAGAAGCAAAUCCAGCGUCACUUGGUUGAAAAAACAUUUGACAACUACUUGAAUGAGGAAUCAGAUAUUAUCUUGAAGAGACCUGGCAUUAAGGCAAGGUUGCAUAAUCUAAUGAUUCAGCUGAGGAAGAACUGCAACCAUCCUGAUCUUUUGGAAGCUCAAGUUGAUUCAACAGGUUUAUAUCCACCUGUUGAGAAGAUCCUGGAACAAUGUGGUAAAUUCCAACUUUUUGACAGGUUACUAAAUUACCUGAUUGCACAAAAUCACAAGGUUCUAGUAUUUUCGCAAUGGACAAAAGUGUUGGACAUUAUUGAAUAUUACCUUGAUUCAAAAGGCCAUGAUGUUUGCCGAAUUGAUGGUAGUGUAAAAUUGGAAGAAAGGAGGAGGCAGAUAGCAGAAUUCAAUGACUUGAAUAGCAGUAUGCGUAUCUUCCUCCUGAGCACAAGGGCUGGUGGACUUGGGAUCAACCUUACUUCUGCUGAUACCUGUAUCCUAUAUGACAGUGACUGGAAUCCUCAGAUGGAUUUGCAGGCUAUGGAUCGAUGCCACCGGAUUGGCCAAACACGCCCAGUGCAUGUAUAUAGGCUGGCUACAUCACAUUCUGUUGAGGGACGGAUCAUUAAGAAAGCUUUUGGGAAGUUGAAGCUAGAGCAUGUGGUGAUCGGCAAGGGACAGUUUGAACAAGAGAGAGCUAAGCCUAAUGUCUUAAAUGAGGGCGAGCUGCUGGCGCUUCUCAAGGACGAGCAGGACGAGGAAGACAGGAAGAUCCAGACCGACAUCAGCGACGAGGACCUCCUGAAGCUGAUGGACCGGAGCGACCUAUCGGGCCCACCUGGCGGCGCUAACGCCGCAUCUCUUGUCCCGCUGAAAGGCCCAGGCUGGGAGGUGGUGGUGCCGACCAAGAGUGGCGGUGGCAUGCUCUCGUCGCUCACCAGCUGA